GAGGAAGAGAUGUCUAAAGCCCGAGGCAGAGCUGUGCUUAUUCUGAGCCUCCUGUUUCUGACAACUUCGCUUGCUGCUGUCCAAGGGCUGCCCUUGAAGAAACAGCGCAGUCCCCACCCGAAAGAAACGGACUAUACCUUGGUGGAGAUUGCCACAUCAGCUGAUGUCCCUUCAUUCAAAGAAGAAAUGCCAAAGUCACACAGAAUACAGAACUUGAGGCUGAAUGGACAGGUGACACCAGAUCAACACAAGCACUAUUGGCCAUUACAACAGGCUUCAAGGAACCAGUUGGCAUCACUUCAAUCUGCGGAAAUACUCCCAGAAGAGAAAACACCUUUUGUGCUGGACUUACAAAGCCUGACAGGCUUAGCCAAUGUGGAUCUGAAUGCCCAGAAUCCAAACAUACAGGUGACCAUUGAGGUGGUGAAUGACCCUCAAGCAGAGAUGGAGAUGGACUUGCUGAAGGAGACUAGCAAUGACUGGUCCCUGUCUUCCUCUGACUGGUUAUCUCAUAAGGACCUCUUUUGGCCUCUUUUCUGGGAAUACACAGAUCCCAUAGAGGAUGGUGAUGACAAUUUGAACAUAAAGAGCAGGGACGAAGAAGAGGAGGAGGAAGAGGAAGAUUAUACAUCGGAGUAUGAUGAAGAAGAAAUAGUUGUGAGUGGAGUGGGGGGAAAUUGGCAUCAGAGGUGGCCUAAUCGAAAGAAUUGGAUCUUAAAAGAGAAAUACAACUAUGAUUAUGAAGACGAAGAGGACUGGAGUCCUUGGUCUUCCUGCAGUGUAACCUGUAGCAAUGGCCAUCAGAAGAGAACCCGGUCUUGUGGUUAUGCAUGCACAGCCACAGAAUCAAGAACCUGUGAACUGCAGCACUGUCCUGGAGAAGUUGGGGAAUUGGCUUCUACCACUGAAGAGACACCAUUUGAAGCUGAAAAUGCCACGGAGUUUCUAAAUGCAGAUGUGGAUAGUUGUGAGAAAUGGCUUAAUUGCAAGAGUGAUUUCCUCAACAAAUACCUAAGCAAAGUGCUUUCAGACCUACCCAACUGUCCCUGCUCUUACCCUUUAGAAGCUGUUUAUAAUGCUGUAAACUUGCAAGAUGAGCAGAAGGGCAAGAACUUCCGAUGGCAGGAUGCCAGUGGGCCAAAGGAGCGAUUGGACAUCUACAAACCCACAGCCCGUUUCUGCUUGCGUUCCAUGCUGUCCCUGGACAGCACCACUCUAGGUGCCCAACACUGUUGCUAUGAUGAGAACACCAAGCUCAUUACCCGAGGCAAGGGAGCAGGAGCGCCCAACCUCAUAAGCACAGAGUUCUCUCCUGAGUUACACUACAAGGUGGACAUGUUGCCUUGGAUCCUCUGCAAAGGGGACUGGAGUCGAUACCAUGCUGUGCGGCCUCCCAAUAAUGGGCAGCAGUGUGCUGUCAACCCUCCAGAGGAUGAAUACCUGUCUCAACUACAGGAGGCCAGAGAAUAUUAAUACAGCAACCAAAAAGAAGCUGAGGAGAUCAGGACGUCCUUUCUGUCUCCCCGGCUCAACAACGUAAUAUGUAUUGUUUCUCCAACCUCAUCCCAAUAUUUAUGUCAAAGAUCUCUGCAACUUCAGAAUUAUAUAUUAUUUUUUAUCACCUUAGUAACAAGGUAAGUUUAUAGGGCAGCUUAAGCAAUUUCCUCAGACGUUCCAGCCCUGACUUCUCUAUAACAACCUCUGCUUUCCUUUCUGUCUUUUCUCAACUCUCAGAAGUUGUCCCAAGCUGACUGGCUUUCAGGGGUGUUUCAGAAG